UCCGGUGUUCCUCCUGGUUGUCUUGACAGUGGACCGACCUGCACGUCGCAGCGAGAGUGACGAGGAAUAUUUUGCACAUCUUUGGGAUAUUAAAAACCGUGGAUAUUUUUGGAAGAUCAUGCAGAAAUCUUUGAAAUAAUGCGAGUGUGAAAUGGUACCACUUCCGGAAGUGAGGAUAAUACUUAUCACUGCCCCUUUGAUGAAUACGAGCAGGACGGGUCUGAGGAAGAACUGCGGCUGCAUUCAUAAACACUUCUUUAGGACUCACAACAACCCCUGAGCUCUGCUGCUUUACGGGCUCACAAAACACACACACCACAUUUCCCUGUUGUGCACGUGGGUUGACAAUGGCUGAAAAAGGUAAAAUGAAUGUAGAGCAUCUCGGCGGAGCUGUCAGGCUCCGAGAGGAACACCAGAAGGUGGUGAAAGACUGUGAAAGUCGGAUUCAGCACUGGAAGAAGGUGUCAGGUGACUACGAAGCCCUGAGUGACCGCCUUCAAACGCUUCCUGAUCAGCUGUCUUAUGACAUCAUGGUGCCCUUUGGCCCUUUGGCCUUCAUGCCCGGGAAGCUGGUGCACACAAACGAGGUCACAGCAUUGCUCGGCGACAACUGGUUCGCCAAGUGCUCUGCCAAGCAGGCGCAGAAAAUUGUGGAUCACAGGAUGAAAUAUGUGAAGAGUGAACUCGAUGAUCUGUCGAAGACGGCGAAAAACUUUGAAGCCAGAGUUGAGGUCGUGAAGGAUUUGGAAAGCAUCUCCAAUAAAGGAGACUACGUUGAGAUUAGAGAAGACGCCGGAAACAAUGGCGCUGCUGUCACCAAAGGAAAGCAAAGAAUGGCUCUCAAACCAAAUUCUAAGCCCAAGUUGGAUGCCGUGUUUGAUCUAAAAGAGGAGGAUGAGGAGAAUGAGGAGAGUGAAGGAAGGAGCAGAAAAGGCACCACGACUGAGGAGGAGUUGUGGGCCAGAUUGGAUGAACUGGAGAAACUGGAGGAGCGACAAGAUGAGCAGGACAGAUUAUCUUACAAUGCGGACACGAAUGGGGAGGACACGUCGUCCUUUUCCUCAGAAGAGGAGAAAGAGGGAGAUGCGGCACCCCCGGUAAACGGACUGAGUCCAAAGCCGAAAUGGACCUCCAGGCCUCACAGUAAAGCGCCGCCGAGCUCAGACGGGAAAGCGGACGAAGACGACGAGGAAGAGGAAGGCAGCCGUUUGCCUACCAUCUUCUUCUCUCAUACAAUCGAACCCAAGAAGGUGAGGAUAAACACGGGAAAAAACACCAUGUUGAAGUUCAGUGAAAGGAAAGAGCAGAAGGAACACUCAAAGAGGAAAAAGAAAAACGGACACAGUAACGGACACUCCCAUCACGAGCUGCACAAAAUCACAACACCGGUGGACAUUUACAGGUUGUUUGUGGACGUGAAGAACGGGGAACCCAUCCCCAGAAAGUCCAUCCUGAAGUCUCGCAGCCGAGAGAACAGCGUGUGCAGCGACACGAGCGAGAGCAGCGCGGCCGACUUCGAUGAGCGCCGCAUGAUCGGACGCAGCUUCAGCCACGACGAAGCGACGCACAGCGACACCAGCGACGGCAUCACGGAGGAGGACAGUCCCACGGCGGUCCCGCUGCACCCCGCCAGCCGAUUUGAGGCCUUUUCAGGCACAGUAGUAGAAAAGGACCCGAUGCCCUCCGCUGUCCCCCAUUUGACCAUCGCUCCACCAGCUCUGCCGACCAUACUGGAGAGGAAACAGGAGGAGGUGGCGCCCGACGUCGCCCCGCCGCAGCAAGCCCCAAAAAGGGUGUCAAAGUUUAAAGCUGCCAGGUUGCAGCAGAAGUGACUGUUAACGAGCAAACAUCCAUAUUUCUCAAUAACUUCUUGUUUGUUUGUUUUUUUUAAAAAAAGCCUUUUGUUUCUUCUCUACACUGACACAAACCAUCUUCUCCUCUACGGUCUUUCACUUCUAUCCAUACAGGGUUUCUGUUAUUGACUGUUCAGUGGGGAAAAGUACAGUAGCAUAGCCUUGUGUGUGUAACAUUGCUUUUUAACAAGCUCCAAACACUAGUAAAUGCAGUCUCUUUUACUUUUCCACUCCUACAGUAUAAAUGACACUUGUGGGGCUUGUUUAAACCGAUUGCUGUCUUUCAUAUGUUUUUUACCUGUCUUCUGCUUUUCUGUUGAUCAAACCUAUUGCCAGUUUAGAUAAGACUCUAGGCUACAUUUAGAAUCAGUUGCCUAGUUUUGUGUCUUCUUCCAAGUAUUGAUCAUUAAACAGAAUCACAUGCCCGCUAGCUCUCAUUUUACCUUCUCUUGACCUGCCUAAUGAAUGUAUGUAUUCCUUUGUGACGAGCUUUAUGUAAAGACAAAAAAAGAAUAUCGAUGGCAACUAAAAGGUAAAUAAAUGAUUUUGGCUACAA